UAAAAAAAAUAUUCAUUCAGAGUUGUUAUACUCAUUUACUAAAAAUGAACCAUAAGCAAAAAAUGAUAAAAAUUGGAGCAGGGUUAACACAUGGCAAUGUUACGGAAAUAAAGUAUAUCUUUGCAGAUAAAAUUGGGGAUGGUUUUCUUGAAACCAUUAAAGAUGGUCUUGAUAUGAUUAAAGUACUGGAACGUAUUGGCAUUAUUGAUGAAGAUAACUAUAAAGAAUUAGUUGAUUUACUUGAAAAUUUAGGUAGAAAAGAUCUCAUUUCAAUUAUCUAUCCUCAGUCUCAGUCUCAACCAGGGAAUUGGAGCAAUAUUAACAAUAAAUUAAACUCAAUUACAAAUCCUACAAGUACAGAUGCAACAUUUAAUGAUGCUUUGACUCCAAAUAUAAUGGAUAAGGUUGCAAUUCAACUUGGUAGUGAAUGGCUUAGGUUUGGACGUCAUCUUAAUUUAAAAGAUGCUGAGUUAGAUCACAUUGAAAAUGAUAAUAAAAAAACUUAUGACAAGGCCUUUCAGCUUUUAAAACUAUGGAAGCAGAAGUCAAAGGAAGGUUGUCUAACCUGGUCGAAAUUAAGAAAUGAACUCGAACAAUUUAAUCGAUAUGACAUAAUUAGAGAAUUAGAAACAGAAUUCAAACAUUUAAAAGAUACCGGUAAGCAGUGAAGUGAAGAUAAAAACAACAUGUGUUUAGAGAAAGUUUCUUCUAUUUUAUAUAAGACUUCGGAUUUUGCUAAAAAUAAGUUAAGAAUGAAUUAACUAUAAAUUUAAGAAAAAUUAAAUGACUCUAAACUUUGUAAGUAGGUGAAACGUAGAUUUGUCAUGUUAUAUUUAUUUGUUAAUUUAUUUUUGUUGGUUUUAUUUUAUAGUUGUAUUAUUGUAUAGUUAUAAUUGUAUUAAUGAAAAUUUAUUAGUUUUUGGUUUUAAAAAAAACUUGUAACAAACUUUUUUGUGUAAUAAAUUUGUAUUUUUUAAUAGAUUGUAAUAGAUUUGCCUCUCUAA